AUGAUUUUGAAACUGCAAGAAAUUCAAAAGAACCAAGGGGAAACAAUCAGGUUUAUUGUCGAGGAGGAAAAUCAUGGAAUUCUGAAGGAAAAAAUACAUGCUCUUGAAGAAAAACUGGAAAGACAAGAAAAGAGGAUCCGUUUGCUGGAGUCUCAGAUCCAUGAUGUUAGGAAGGAAGAACAAGAUUCAGGAAUUCCAGUAAAUGACAAGAAUAGACAGAGCAGCCCGCCUUGCAAUGCCUCUGAGACCACAAGCACGAGAAUCAGAGAUGUUACUUCAAGAACCAGUAUGCUUCAGAAAAGAAUUCCAGUCGCCCUACUGUCAUACACAGAUGCUGUCAAUCCAGCCUUUUAUGCCUAUAUGAGUGCCGCUGAAACAGCCCCGAGCAAUCACCACAUACUAGUAUUUGAUGUUGCUCAAACUGACAAUGGGAAUCAUUAUAACAAGUUCUCUGGUAUUUAUACUGUUCCACAGCAAGGGACAUAUGUGUUUGCUUACACAGUCUUCUGUAGCACCGGGGCAUACCUAAAUGUCCAAGCCGUCCUUAACUCUGACGUUAUAGACGCCAAUCAUUGCAAUGCCCAGGGAGCGGAUCAUGGGAGGUCCACGACGGGUGUGGCUGUUAUUAGAGCUAAUCAGGGAGACGUCGUGUUCCUCCGCACUCAUCCUGAAGGCCAGCUUAUUGGUAAUGUAGAAAGCAGUGCUAUAUGGAGCCGCUCAACGUUCAGUGGAUGGAAACUAGACUAG